UUUUUUUUAAUUUACAGAACGGAGAUGGAAGUGCAGAAAAUUCGAUGGAUGAACCACCACAGAAAAAAAUAAACCUUGAUGGUAAUAUCUUAAGUAUUCAUCGGGCAUCUGCAUUUCAGUAAUUUUGUUUAUGUUAGCAUUUUAUUUAUCCAUAUUUUGUUGUAGUCUUUUUUAUUUUAGUGCAGGAAUUUUCUUCAAUAAGAAGUACUGUAUUAACGAAAAGUUCCACAUUUCCUUUCAAGCUAAUUAAGGUAUUCUAAAUUACCCAUUUGGUUACAACUGAGCCAAAUUUAAACCAGCAAAAUUAAAUAUACAAAUACAUACACACAAUAUGGUCAGUUAAUUUAUUGGCCAUUUUAUAUAUGGGUAAGUAAAUAAAGCAGAAGGACCUUUACUCAAACUUAAAAUUAUCUGGAAGUUAUGAGAUAAUUCGUUCUUCUGUUUUAAACACAAAAUAUUACUUUAAAUGGAACUUAAGUGGCAGUUAUAAAUUCAGAAAUAAUGUAAAUCAGUGUGAAAUCUAAUAUAAAAAUAAAGAUUUUUAAAGCUAGCUUGAAAGUUAUUAUAUAUAUAAAUUAAUAUCUAGGGAGGAUCUGAUGAUCACUUUGCACUUUUUAAAAUUAAAGAGAAUUUGAGAAUAUAUGUUUAAGUGCAGUAAUACUUGUUCUUCCUAUUGGUCUCCUGUUGAAUUUUUUUUUUUUUUUUCUAUUCCAAUUUUUCUUUCUGUAAGUUUUUCAGGUAUUCAUUCGUUCAGUGAAAGAAGAGGACAAGAUGUGAUCAAUCCAUUAAUCAGCAAAACUAAAUAUCUUAAUGGUACAAAUGGAUCUGCUCAGGUGGAGCAGACUGGCCCAGUGUUGGCAGGCCCAGGUGCUAUGCGAUCUCCAUCGUCAUUGCUCGGUCUGGGAUUGAUCAAACUCACUAAUGAACAGCAGGAAAUGGUCACUAAAGCUAAGAAAUAUGCAAUGGAACAAAGCAUAAAAAAUGUUUUAAUGAAGCAAACAAUAGCUCAUCAACAACAGCAAAUGGCGAACCUGAGGAAUCAAGUGCAGAGACAGCAAGCUUUGGCUCUGAUGUGCAGGGUGUAUGUUGGAAGCAUCAGUUUCGAACUGAAGGAAGACACUAUCAGGCAAGCUUUUCUUCCAUUCGGUCCAAUAAAGUCUAUCAAUAUGUCUUGGGAUCCAGUGACGCAAAAGCAUAAAGGUUUUGCAUUCGUAGAGUAUGAAUUACCAGAAGCGGCACAGUUGGCACUAGACCAGAUGAAUGGAGUUAUGAUCGGUGGACGAAACAUUAAGGUUGGAAGACCUAGUAAUAUGCCACAAGCCGCACCUAUUAUUGAACAAAUCAUGGAAGAAGCAAAAACAUACAAUCGAAUAUAUGUUGCAUCAGUUCAUCAAGAUUUAACAGAACAAGACAUUCAAAGUGUUUUUGAAGCUUUUGGUAGAAUAAAAAUGUGCAAACUAGCAUCUGGUAGCAUACCAGGGAAACAUAAAGGAUAUGGGUUUAUUGAAUAUGAAACUGCUCAAGCAGCUCAAGACGCAAUUUCUUCAAUGAAUCUUUUUGAUCUCGGCGGACAGUAUUUGCGAGUCGGAAGAACAAUUACUCCACCAAAUGCAUUGCAAACUCCAACAACUUCUAGUACAAUGCCAACGGCUGCCGCCGUUGCUGCGGCUGCCGCAACUGCCAAAAUCCAAGCUAUGGAUGCCGUAGCUAGCAACGCAUUGACUUUUGAUGGUCAGCACUUCAGCAUUUCUGAGGUUCUCGGUCUCGGGGCUCCACCUGCAGCGGUCUCAUCUCCCCCGCACACUGGUCUGAGUCCUGUAAUUCCGCCCCCAGGACUAGCUAUUCCUACUAUAGGACCUCCUGGACUUGUAAAUCCUCCUAUUUUACCUCAGCCAGUUUUAGCUGCUAAUGCGCCUGGUAUUAUUACAGGUGUAACGCCAGUUAGGCCUCCAGUUGCAAUUCCGCCACCUGGUGUAGUUACAAACUUACCUGUGGCCACAACCACAGCUACUACAGGUUUGCCAACAGUGAUACCCGAAAUUGCACCUUUGACUCCCCCCACAGUCGUUACUCCGACUUCUUUAGAUAUCGUUACACCUACAGUAAUGUCUUCACCUUUGGAGCAGCAACCAUCAACUUCUCAAAAACAGCAAGAAGAAUUAGAAAAGAAAUUAGUUGAAGAACAAGAACCACAGACUUUACAGCAACAAGAAAAUAUGAUGAUUAAGGGGUCUAAUGCUCGUCAUAUGUUAAUGCAAAAAUUAAUGAGGCGGAGUGAGUCUUGUGUCCUGAUUUUGAGGAAUAUGGUUGGAAUAGAAGACCUAGAUGAUGAACUAGAAUCCGAGGUGACUGACGAAUGUGGAAAGUAUGGCAUAGUCAACAGAGUCAUCAUCUAUCAGGAAAGACAAUCAGAAGAUGAUGAUGCUGACAUCAUUGUUAAAAUUUUUGUAGAAUUCAGCUCACCACAUGGUAAAGUAGAAAAUUUUACUUUUAGGUUUUAAUAGGGUGUUCAGAAU